GCGGCGAUCGUCCCUGCAGAAAUGCAUCCCAAAUGGGUGUUGUUACAAUGUCAUGUGUGUGUUGAUUUCCACAUCUGCGUCGUUUUAGUUAGAAAUGUGACAAAUGUCUGUAUUUCAUGACGAAGUCGAAAUAGAAGACUUCGAGUUUGACGAAGAAAGCGACACAUAUUACUAUCCUUGCCCAUGUGGGGAUAAAUUCGAAAUAACAAAGGAGAUGCUAGAGAUGGGAGAAGAAGUAGCUACGUGUCCUAGUUGCUCUUUGAUUAUACGAGUUAUUUAUGAUCCAGAAGAUUUUGACACAGAGGAAGAAGCAGCUUCUAUCAGCAAAGUCGAACUAGAGGUGGUCAGUAAGUAGGCAGCAUCCAGAGCAAACUG